UGUUAGCCGGGAUGCGCCGGUACAGAGCUGUGUCCGUUGGGGUUGUGUAGGCAAGCAUCUUCUUGGCAAGGUCCUCGUAGGUGGCCGCAAACAGUUUACGGCUGUGGGAUGAGAACUUGUCUUGUGAAUGUGACGUUGGGAGGAGGGAAGCACAGGGGAGGAGGAGGACGAGGAGGAAGAGAGUGAAGAGUCACAAGAGGAGGAGGAAGGUGGAAAGAAAGAGGAAGGAGAGGAGGAGGAGGAGGAGGAGGAGGAGGAAGAUGGAGAAGGAAAGGAGAAAGAUAAGAAGGAAGGCAAUGUAGAAUGGAGGCGUCCUUGGUUUAUGUUCAGUAAAGCCCCGUAUUCUUGUCAUGGCAAUGUAGAAUGGAGGCGUCCUUGGUUUAUGUUCAGUAAAGCCCUGUAUUCUUGUCAUGGCAAUGUAGAAUGGAGACGUCAUUGGUCACAUACUGUUCUAAUGUAUGUGCACUUGCCACGCUGUUCACCAGGCAAAAGGCGUUGCAGAAAGAGCGCGAGAUCACUGUGUUGUGGGAGAAGACAGAGUCCCUUAGUGGUCAGCUGGUGACGGUCCACAACCACAGCCACUUUGAAGAGAAUGGCCUGAGCCACGACCACCUUGCUCAAGAAAAUAUCACGUUGACAGAGCUGAUUAAACAACUAGAAGAUAAGCUCAAACUUUCAAAGAUAGAAAUCAAAAACAUCACAAGACAGAAUAGUGAGCUGCAUGCACUUAUCACAGAGUAUAAAGUCACUCCCUCAGAGGAAAAAGACAAGGAUGGCACGUCUUCAUGUGAGAACUCAGAAGCUAAAUGUACAGAUACCAAGGGGAAAUUGCUGGGUCAAGUGGCUACACUGACAUCUGAGGUUAGCAGGUUGGAGAGUGAGUGCAGCAGUCUUCAGGUUCAGCUAGACUGUGAGAGGGAUAAGUAUAACAAACUGCUGGGAGAAUCUCUUGCUCAUGAAAAGUUGUCUGAAGAUGUCAUAACUGAACCAAAAGGAGAAACAACAGGAUUGGGAGGAACUGAGCUUUAACAGAAGCUGCAACAACUGCAGGAGGCUCACAGGGUCCUGGAGAGCAGGUUAACUUGCAUCAUGAAGGAGGUGGCAGAUUAGUGAUUUCUGCUGCAUCUCACACACUUCUUAUUCAAUUGCU